GUCUACUUAUUGGGUAUAGGGUUUUGCACCUUCUAAAAAGUCAUUAUCUUCCUCGACAAUCCAAUUAGGUAAUAUAAUAGUACUACUACUUGAGAGAGAGCCUUUUCCUGAAGACUGAGACACAAACUGAUAUUUAACUCCAUUUUCCAACCAAAGUUCAAAAAAUCACUUUUCCCACACUUCAAAUACCUUCUUCAAUUAAGAUUUGAACCAAUAAAUGAGUUCAAGCUGCGGAAGAACCCAUGGAUUCAAUUUGGACUUGGCCAAAUCCUCAUCCACCUCAACCCUAACUUCACCCACCUCCUCUCCUUCUUCAACAACAACCUCGGAAACCACCAACUCCCCCCAAUCAAUAAUCUUCACGAAAAAACCUCGUACCCUCCGAAAGCGACCGAACCAAACCUUCAAUGAAGCCGCCACACUCCUCUCCACAGCACAUCCGAACCUCUUCUCAAUAAAAAACCUAAAAAAACCCGAAAAGUUCACCAAACCAGUAACAGAAAAUAUUAGCCACUCGUCAGAACCGUUAUUACUGUUCAGAGAGUGUGAAAAUAACGACAACGACGCGUUCUCUUUUCUCCUUGAAAGCAAACGUGGUUUCCAAACGGAGUCGAACAAGGUCUUCUUCGGCGUGCGAGAGAAUAUUAAUAAGCCUUGCGAAUUGAGCACUUCAGUGCCGAAUUGCGAUGAAUUUGAGAGUGAAGAGUUCGAUUGCCAAUCGAUGCUCGACGAGGAAAUAGAGGAAGGAAUCGAUAGCAUCAUGGGAGGAGGAGGAGGAAGAGUUGAAGAGGAUGAUGUUAAUCGUGCCGCUUCGUGUCACGGCGGUGACGGCGAGAAAUUCGGUUGCGUGAGGGCUCUACGGCGAGAUGAUACGAAGUGGUGGAAUUUUUGUGUGGUUGACAUGCUUCAAAUCUCGCCGCGGAUGAAGCACGCUGCGGCGGAGGAUUUGGUUCCGGCCACCGCAAUGGCAACAACGACCGAGAAGACAAAGACGAAGAACAAGAAAAACAAAAAGGUGGUGAAGAAAUCAACAGAGGAAUUAUCAGAGGUAGCAGUGAGUAAGGGCUUGCGGUUGAAAUUGAAUUACGACGGUGUUCGGAGUGCUUGGUCCAAUCGGGGGUCGCCAUUUGCCGAUGGUUCGCCGGGAAAUGACGUCACCCUACGUUGCUCGUCUCUCGCUCGCGAUUUGAAUAAGUCUAAAAGAAAAAAGGACAUGUCGAUUUCUUGGUGGAGGGAGGGAGGAGUAAGAAAAGCUAGUGUGCUACGCUAUAAAGAAAAGAAGCAGAUCAGACAUCAGUUUAGGAUAGUCAACGCACAUCAACGGCCCAGAAUGAAGGCAUGAUUGAGUUUAAUUGACCAUAUUAGAAAAUUUUUGAUUUGUUAGAAAAACAAGAAAAUAGUAAUAUGCUUUUUUUUUUUUUUCCUUUUUCUCUCUUUCAGAUAUUACAUUCAUGAUAUGUAUUUGAUUAAAAAAGAAGC